UUUAUUCUUCUUCCUGCAGCAUGCACACAAGCACAGCUUCCACACAACCAGACGUGCUAACCAGCGAGUCCAGCGAUAGUGACACAGACAGGGAGAGCCUGUUUGGGCCACAGUCUUCGAUGAGUAACCCAUGGAACAAGAAGAAGAGCCAGAGCAGCGCUGUGGAUCCUUGGGCCAAACUGAACAGCUCCUGUGAAUCUCCCAACAGGCGAGGAUCAGACAGAGAACUGCAGGCUUUUAUCAGCAUGAGAGACCAGGCUGACGAGGCAACAGAGGAAUGGGAGAAGCUGAAUUAUGACAUCUACACUUUACGCUACGCCCGGCGAGAAGUCAGAUCUCGGUGGAAGAAAAUCCUGCUGCAGCUUGGUUAUCAGUGUGAGGUAGAUGCCUUGCUGAGUGUGAACAGACAGAGCCGGUUCAGUCGAGAUCAAGAGCAUCUUACCAAAGCGAAAGAACUGUUGAAACAGCUGCUGGACCACACCUCUCUGUUUCCCCCAGAAUCCGGACCUCAGAGCAGAUACCUCUGUGUCAUGGAUCGCCUGGUGUCUCUAGACAGUGCUGAAGACUUUGUCAGACUGGCCAAAGAAAAAUAUCCCAAAAAAGUCGGCUGAGAGACGGGGAAAGAAAGAAGAAAAGAAAGACUGGAAACUGUUGAGGGAGUCUGUACAAGUAAACGCAUAAAUAAUUUGACACAGACCAGUUUUACCACUCUGUAGCAUUAAUUUGGUUGAAGAAACAAAUGUAAUUCUCAUGGAAUUAAAAUACUUUUUUUAGGUGUGCUGUUGAGUGAACUAAUUUUAUUUGGCUGUCUUUUUGUUUUAGUUUGUUUGUUUGUUUGUUUCUGUGGUAUAUCUAUUUUUCAGACCA